CCCCGACCUCCACCAGCAGUGACGCCUUGGGUCAAGCAAAGCACCAUGCACGCACGCGUUGCAGACGGACUCUGAUUACUCACGCGGUCGCCCGGAGCCGCCGUUUCCUACGAGUCGCGAACAUCGCCCAGGAACGCCGACAGCGACACCCGUUCCGCCCGCGAGGCCGCCCGUCAACGCGCCGCAACACCACCACGACGCGCCGCAUCCACCCUGCAUGGUAGCGCUCUCGCUGCGACAACUGCUCAUGUGCCGAGCAGUCUAGGCUCGCCACUACAUCUGGAUUGCGACACUGGCGUAUCUCGUAUCCAAACUGGCAACCGCCGUCUCCCUCGCCAUGGCGGAGCCGGGCAGGCUGGCGGGCCAGACGGCUCCCAGCGUCGAGCCAGAAGAUAUCGACGCCGACGGAGACUACGAGAUGGACACUGUGCAGUACGAGCAGGAGCCUGCGGUUGCUGACACCCCAGGCGCAGACGGCCACACCACCGACGCAGAAGGCUCAGAGGUCGACGCCGAGGGCGAGGAAGUCGAUGACGAUGACGUCGAAGCAGUGGGCGCUGUCAAGGUGCGCGCAAGCGCCUCUUCAGACGACGACGACGACGACGAUGACGACCAUGACAAUGACCCAGACGCUGCCGCGGAAUCCGAAUCCGACGCCAAGACGUUCAGCGACGACGACGAAUCAGAAAGCUCAGACGAAGAGGAAGAGGUUCAGUAUCAAGACGAGAGCGAGGAAGAGGCAGAGGCUGGUGCUGCGAGAAGCGACCCUAACGUGUGCAUUUACUGCAACCAGUCCGAAGAAGACGAUCCAAGCCCGGAUUUCGAACCAUACCUUGCAUGCUCGGUGUGCGGCGAUCACUCACAUCGGCAGUGCGCCCGCGACGCUAACACGCUUAGCCCCGACGUUGGGCCUGAGAACGACGCAAAACACUGGCGCUGCAGUGCCUGUAUCCAGAACAACGUCCAUCAGGAGCAAGACACCGAGGAACAGGAGAAACGGAAGACUUCAGAAUCAAUCACUCGCCGCAGACUAUCAUCCGUUCCAAGGCUUGCUAGGGACUUGCUUCCUUCCGCUCGAGGUGUCGACCCCAGCGGUCACUCUAUCUUCAAGGAGUUGAUACUUCCCGACGAUGCACCUGAAGGCACGCGAUCUUUGCGGAAACGCAAAGCGUCACACGAUGAGGAAGUGGUAGCACUAGUGCCCUUACGGACGUACAGAAAGAAGCGGCGACCAUCCGAGGUCUCGAAAACGGAAGCAGCACCGUCAGCAGCACCGUCAGCAGCACCAUCAGCAGCACCAUCAGCAGCACCAUCAGCAGCACCGUCGUCUCCGGGGCCAUCUGUGAGGAAUGCCGUGACGGACGACGACACCGAUGAAGAUGCAGAGCACAAUGACACAGACCAAGAAGGAGCACGACUUCGCUCUUCGCGCGCACGCCGCUCGGCGAAGCCUCCGAGGAAGGACAAGAGACCUCUCGUGUGGAUCGAGGAGUCUCAAGGCCUUAGUCUCGUCGUUGCAUUCCACCUUAGCAAUGAAAAGGUCCAGAAGAUCGUCACACAGAAGCCGAAGAGGAAAGUCCUGACGCUUGAGCAAGAACGGCAAGAGCGGCGGCGAGAGCGAGACAGGGAACGACGUGAGCGAAAACGGCGAGCAAGAGAGGUGGCCAGAGAGUCUCCAGAGGUUGCUCAGUAUCCCUCAGCGCAGCAUCACUUCACUGCACCGUUUACUCUCGCCUUUACUGAAAAGGAGGACGGGAGCAAGAGCAAACCUUAUGGCGGCGUACUAUCAGAAGCUGACGCGGACACCUCCAAGACUUAUCCCUCGCAAGCGGACAGGAAACGCUUUGAAGAUGCCCGUGUCAAAGCUGAAGAAGCAUGGAAGGAGAAGCAGGCUGCUCUAUAUGCUCACCAUGAGCCUGUGAAAUCAUCAAAGCAGGCUGCUGCUGCCAGCAAGAUCAAGUGCGUCAACUUUGGCGGUUACGAGAUCGAAACCUGGCAUGCGGCGCCAUACCCCGAGGAGUACAGCAAGAACAGGGUCUUGUAUAUUUGCGAGUUUUGUCUCAAGUACAUGAACUCUGACUACGUCGCGUGGCGGCACAAGCUCAAGUGCCCAGCCAAACAUCCUCCUGGCGACGAGAUCUACCGCGACGGCAAAUACUCAUUCUUCGAAGUCGACGGCCGCAAGAACCCUGUAUAUUGCCAGAACCUCUGUCUUCUCGCCAAGCUGUUCUUGGGCUCCAAGACGCUCUACUAUGACGUGGAGCCUUUCCUCUUCUAUGUCAUGACAGAGAACAAUGACUACGGCUGUCAUUUUGUGGGCUACUUCUCAAAGGAAAAACGACCAAGCUCGCUCAACAACGUCUCAUGUAUCCUUGUGCUGCCGAUACACAUGCGCAAAGGCUACGGACAGUAUCUGAUCGAGUUCUCCUAUCUUCUCACCCGAGUAGAAAAGAAGACUGGAAGUCCGGAGAAACCGCUCAGUGACAUGGGUUUAGUCAGUUAUCGGAAGUACUGGCGGCUGCUGCUCUGCCAGGAGCUACUCGACCAGAAAGGGCCCAUCAGUGUCGCAGCAAUCUCCGAGCGCACUGGCAUGACACCUGACGACAUUGUGUCAGCUUUGGAAGGUUUGCGCGCCCUUGUACGUGAUCCCGUCACCAAGAAGUACGCUUUUCGUUUGGAUAUCAACUACUUCAAGUCUUACAUCGAGAAGUGUCAAGCGGCCGGCAACCCCACGGUCAAACCAGAGUGUCUCGUCUGGACGCCGUACGUCAUGGGCCGUUUUGGUCAGUAUGAGGACGGGCCCGCGUUACAGACAGUCCAGCAACGCGACGAGGUGGAGGAAGAAGACAAGCCUGAACCUGAAGGUGUGCAGAUGGAUGCUGUCGUCGCCAAAGCGAACGGUACGCCCCUCGAAGAAACAGGCCCGACUAUGAACGAGACCGACCCUGGCCCAGACGUCCCUCUUGACGACGCUGUGGACGAGGAUUCCCCAGCACCGCCAGGUACUGGCGCCGACACCCCACUCGCGAACGGGUCCACAAUAGCACUUGCAGGGUCUGCAAUCACGAGCAAUGGGCCUGUGAUACCACCUACACGGUAUGAGAUAUUCCCAGCGAUACCAGGCGCGGCCGUUGCGAAGAGACGACCCGGACGACCCUUCGGUGCGCGACGACGGACAGGCACGCCAAACCGAGUGCGCAGCACGCCACUCUCGAUGCACACCGAGCCCGUCUCAAGGAUGCAGCAUCUCUCUCCAAUAAGAUCACGUCGAGAUUCACCCUCCCGCCACGGCGCAAGGACACCCGCGACCGUCUCCGUCCGUCGCACACGCAGCAGGCUAGGCGAAAGCGUCACCAACGGCGACGACCUCGACGAAGGCGGUGAAGUCAAGGCCGUAGUCACGAAUGGCAGGAGAAGUACAAGGAGCUCCGCCAGCUCGGGCGGCAGCCCGCGAGUGCCCCCACGAGUGGUCAUCAACACGAACAGUAGGAGCAAGGGCAAGGUCAUGCCAGUUGAAGAAGAACAGGAAGAGCUCGAAGAUGUUGAUGCGGACGGCGACGCGGACGGCGACUACGACGAAGACGAGGACGCCGAGGGCGAGCCUGAUGAGGAAAUGGACGUCGAUGCCGAGGGCGAGGAAGACGAUGACAUCGUCAUGGGCGAGGUAUAGUGGGUCCACAGGCGUGCUGGGGUCAAAGCAUUGCUGGUCAGUGCUGGCCAUGCUGCGCCUCACACAGUGAGCUCGCAGAGUGCUCGACGCAGCGUCGGACCAGGACUUGAUUAUAUUUGUAGCCAGGCGUUUUGGGGCGUCCUUCGGCCCACCAGCUCUUUUGUUCGGCCGUGUGGGCUACACUGUAGCACUAGCUUCUUCGACUCGACACACGUAGGGAGAUACCUCGGGACUCGCACAGAGCAGGCGUUGGAUUCGAGAAUACACUAAUGCAUCACUACCGAC